GAAGCACUGCCCCCUGUGAAAUUCCUGACGACCAGGGUGAUUCCUCCGGUUACUAAGGGCUGUUUCCCUUCCGUGAAUGCUCUCGACCUGGGCCGCCGUGACUUUCUAUCACCUGGAUAGUGUCAGUAAGGCACGGACAUGAAAUCUCCGCGGACGGAAGAUUGAUGUUUCCUCACCGAGCACCCUCCGGGUUGCCUCUAAACCUGAUUGCCAACUGCUCACCACCUUCUACGACGUCUUGACUGAGCCAGUCCAUCGUCAGUGUCUUUCAAGAGUCGGCUGCAGCUGCCAGCAGUCGAAACAAGCGGCCAGUGUGUCGCUCUGAGUCCUGCUGUAUCGCAAUGGACACGGAGUCCACCUACUCGGGUUAUUCCUACUACUCCGGCCGCUCUCGGGGAUCCCACCGGCACGGGGAGAGAAGCAGAGACCGUCACAAGUCCCGCAGCAAAGACAGUCGGUCAGAAAAGUCCGUGACCAUCAACACACCGCCUGCAGAGCCACUGUUGGGUGACUCUACGAUCCGGGGCGAGCAAGUACAGGAUGACAACUGGGGCGAGACCACCACGGCGGUCACCGGCACGUCCGACCACAGUCUCUCUCAAGAGGACAUCGUACGGAUCACCAAGGACCUGGAGGACAGCGUGGGGCUAGACUGUCGACGCUACUUCACCCUGACCUUGGCAGUGAUUCUGGGUCUCCUGGUCUUCCUCACGCCGCUGGCCUUCCUGGUCCUCCCCCACCUGCUCUGGCCAGAGAAACUGCAGAGCUGCGGCACGGCAUGCGAGGGCCUCUACAUCUCAGUGGCCUUCAAACUGCUCAUCCUGCUGCUGGCUGUCUGGGCACUCUUCUUCAGGCCUCCACGAGCCAGUCUUCCCAGAGUCUUUGUGUUCCGGGCCCUGCUGGCAGUUCUGGUGCUGCUGUUCGUCCUGUCAUAUUGGCUCUUCUAUGGAGUGAGAAUCCUGGACACCCAGGACGAGAACUACCAGGGAAUCGUCCAGUACGCCGUCUCCUUGGUGGAUGCUCUGCUCUUCAUCCACUACCUGGCUAUCGUCCUGCUGGAGCUGCGGCAGCUACAACCGUGCUUCUCUGUCUGCGUGACCCGGUCCACAGACGGCGAGACCAAGCACUACAACCUCGGGCAGCUCAGCAUUCAGCGGGCAGCGCUUGCCAUCUUAGAAAACUACUACUGCGACUUCCCGGUCCAUAACCCGGCGCUGCUCUCCGCCUCCAAAUCCCGGGCGGCCAAACACCUGGCCGGUCUGAAGGUCUACAACGUGGAUGAUUCUUUAAAAGCUAAACUCAAAGCUUACCUGCUGGACCGACCAGGGAACAAUGCCGCGGCCGCCGCGGGACUCGCCCACUCUCAGUCCCGAGCCAUGAUCGCUGCAGCCGCUCGCCGCAGAGACUCCAGUCACAAUGAGCUCUACUACGAGGAGGCGGAGCACGAGAGGCGUGUACGCAAGAGAAGAGCUCGACUGGUGGUGGCUGUCGAGGAGGCCUUCACACAUGUCAAGCACAUGCAAGAGGAGGAGCAGAAGAAGACCCCCGGGGAUGUGAUGGACCCCAGAGAGGCAGCGCAGGCCAUCUUCCCCUCCAUGGCUCGGGCCCUGCAGAAGUACCUGAGGACCACCAAGCAGCAGCACUGUCACAGCAUGGAGAGCAUCCAGCAGCACCUGGCCUUCUGCAUCACCAACAACAUGACGCCCAAGGCCUUCCUGGAGAGCUACCUGAGCCCUGGUCCCACCCUACAGUACAGCCGGGACCACUGGCGGGCGCGUCAGUGGACGCUCAUCAGCGAGGCCUCGGUCACCAGCGGCCUGAAAGACGGCACCGUCUUCCUGCUCAAGUGUGUGGACUUCAGUCUGGUGGUCACCUGUAAGAAGAUCCCUUACAUCCAGAUGUCAGAGGAAUACAUCGACCCCAAGUCGCACAAGUUCGUCCUGCGCCUUCAGUCCGAGACUUCUGUGUAGAACUCCUGGGUUUUUUUAAUCGUUUUAUUCGGGUUUUGCAUUUUUUUAAAACUUUUUUAUUAUUAUUAUUGUCUAAGGUUGAAAAAAAAUCUAUAUAAACACAGCACACUUUUGAAUAUACUUUACGUCGAUUGUUAUGAGAAGCAGAAAAUACUUUUACACUGCUGUGUGCACAUACGAGUGUGUGUUUGUGGAUUAUCAAGUGGUGACACUCCUUUUUUUUUUUACUCCUGGAGCUGAACUUUGUUGAAACUGGACAGAAACACUUCAGUUUUUGGAUUUCAGAUGCUGAGUGCUGCUUACAUUUCUCCACAAGGCUUUUGGCACCUUCCCUUGUUGCCUCCACCCAGGGAAAUGAGAUGUUUCCUUCUCGAAGAAACCAAAAAAAAAAAACACGGACAACCUUUGUGUAUUUCUGACUCUUGCAUGCUCUUCUGCUAGAUGCCGGACUCCUCGAACAACUUUAGGACUCAAGGUCCAGAUCCUUCUAACUGCCACAAACCGUGAUCUCCUCCUCCUUCUCAGGACGUCUCUUCACCACAUCUGCCUGACUGCUGGGAGAUGAAGAGCAGGAGGGAGAGGAACACGUUUGAGGUCAAUGCUGGUGAAGAUGGUGGCAGCACAGUGAAUGUUCUAUGUUGAUUCACUCACUGAACUAGUGUUGCGUCAACCGUAAUCUUUCGAAAAGCAAGUCCAAGUCGAUCAGUCCCGUGACUUACCAACUGCUCCCCUCUAGUGGUGAAGAUUAAACACUGACUGGGGCGAAAGUUCUCUACUGUCAAAGGAUUCACACAAGUCAUGUCUGCUCACGCUUUUUUAUUCACGACAGAUGACCUUUGUAUGACCCCCGGUGCGACUGUGGCUCCUGUUUGUACACUGUAUCUAUUUAUAUACGCACGAGUGCAUGAGUGUCGGUCGGUCUGUGUGUCAGGUGACAUGAGAGGCCUUCGUCCAGCUCCUCUUCAUCACUGUCACGCUGUUGCCAGGUCAAACUCCAUCCAGUGUUAAGGUGUGCGGUUUCUGUAAAUGACGUGAAGUUGCAAUGUCGACACGUUUCACUUCCACGCCGUUUGUCAAGACAAAAGAUUAAAACGUUCUUUUUUAUGAAGAUUUGCACAUGGGCUCUGACUGGACUUCCUGGUUGAUAAGCUGUUGGAGCGACCCAUUAAAUGCAGACUGAAGAGAAAUUCCUUUAUUUUUGUACAAGGUGCAGAGCAUAUGUAAGAAAUGAAACCACAUUUGAGAUUUUGCCGCUCCAUACAAUAAAAUU